CCGGAAGUAGGGCGGGACCUCGGCUCUUUAUAAACAUGGCCGUUAAAUCCUUCAACGUUAUAGCAUCUGGUACUGCGUUUGGCUGAAUUUGUUUGGAAGUCAGUGUGGGUACCUAAGACAGUAACAGGUGGAAAGAAGAUGUAGACACACUACGGGCGCCUCUAAAUUAUUUAAAUCGUUUAAUCUCUGCGUGGGGACGACAUUUAUAAACUUCAUGUAGUACUUUUGCUAGCUAGCUAGCCAAGCUAACGCAGACGUCUCAACGUUAACUUCUGGCAACUUUUUCAACCAGCUAGCGUCAUCUGCUACUUGACUGCUUAUCGAAAUGGAGGAGUGCCGUCGCUGGCCCAGGCUGUCUCGAUGAAUAUUUUACACACGGACGUGUCGGAUUUAACGUUACUCAGCUAAAGGCUGACCUAAACUUUCUUGAAGGCUCCUUUUGGGUUGUUUUUUUUCCACUGGCAGCAGCCAAGAGCUUGCCAGGCGUCCGUUUAGGAACAUCACUGAGAGGGCGGACAUAAACAAUGUUUUCUGUCAAACCCAUGAAGCCGACCUUCAAGUGUUAUCUUCCUCCUGUACAGACUGAUGUGAAGAAACCUAUUGAACCACCGAUUAAAAAGUUGGAGCCUAAGUUACUUCAAGGGGAAAUAGUAGUUAAUGAGGUGAACUUUGUGAGGAAAUGCAUCAGCGCUGAAAGCAGCCAGGAUGACCUUUGGGGGAAGUUGAUUUGCACCAACUUUAAGGUCUCCUUCAUCCCUCAAGAUGCCCCACCUAAACAGAAGUCCAAGUUGUCGCACCUCCUGCUUGGAGAGCACGACAUCCCUCUCACCUGUCUGGAGCAAGUAGUAACAGUAAAUGAUACAAAGGGGAAGAAGAAAGUUUUGGGGUCAAACCAAAAGCUGAAGUUCAACCCCACAGAGCUUAUCCUCUACUGCAAAGACUUGCGCAUCAUAAGGUUCUGCUUUGAUGAGGCCGGGCCUGAGAGUGCCAAAAAGGUUUGCCUUGCUAUUGCCCACUAUUCCCAUCCAGCUGAUCUUCAACUGCUGUUUGGCUUUGAGUAUCAAGGGCGGCGAUACCAUGAAUCUAAAGGGGGGCGAGUAAAUGGUUCCACCCCUCGAGGAGGAUUACGGACCCCCAUUUUUGACCGUCCAUCAGACUGGGAUUGGGAGAUCAAGAGAACGGGGGCAUCCGAGUGGAGGGUGUGCUCUAUCAACGAGAGUUAUGCCAUCUCAACAAGUCUUCCAGAGUACAUUGUGGUCCCAGUUUCUCUGGCAGAUCAGGAUCUAAAGCGUUACUCCAUAUUCUUCACUGAUCAGCGCAUCCCUCUCUGGUGCUGGAAUCACCCAAAUGGGAGUGCUCUUGUCCGCAUGGCCAGUAUAAGUGAUCCGUUACAGCAGAAGAAGAUUGAUCAGAAGGUCUUCACUGCCAUCACAAAAAGCCACCCACAGCGCAGUGAAGUCAUCAGGUCAGAUCUAGACAAGUGUCUGCCUAACAUCCAGGACAUCCAGAAUGCGUUUGUUAAAGUCAGGCAGAUCUGUGUUAUAGAUCCUUUUGAGGAGUCUGAGGAGAGGUGGCUUUCAUCUAUUGAAAACUCACGAUGGCUGGAGUACGUCAGGGCUUUCCUGAAACACUCAGCUGAGAUAGUGUACCACCUGGAUGGAAAGAAUGCUUCAGUCGUUCUUCAAGAGGAAGAAGACCGAGACCUGAACUGUGUAGUAUCCUCCUUGGUGCAGCUCAUGUUGGACCCUCAUCACCGCAGCCUCAUUGGCUUUCAGACUUUGGUGCAGAAGGAGUGGGUGAUGGCUGGCCAUCGCUUCUUGGACAGAUGCAACCACUUAAAGAAGAAUGACAAAGAGGAGCUGAAGUCCCCACUGUUCAUGCUGUUCCUGGACUGCGUGUGGCAGAUGAUGAACCAGUACCCAGCAGCAUUCGAGUUCACAGAGGCCUAUCUGACAGUACUGAGUGAUAGCAUGUGGAUCCCACUCUUCAGUACUUUCCUCUUCAAUUCUCCCAAACAGCGUGCUCAGCACUUGAUGGACUUUGCCAAGAAUAAAGCCAUCCCUCAAGGAGAAGACCAUGUUGUGUAUUUCCCUCCUGUUUGGGACUGGUCACAGCAAUUCUCCACCAAAGACCAAACCCUCUUUAACAACCCAAUGUACGUAGGCAAAGGAGCUGCCUGUGUUCAGAAUGGGGAAGUGAAAACCUUCAGACGCACAAAGCAGAAAACCUACAGUUCCACAUUGCGAGGAACGCCUGCAUCUCUGCGGAAUGGACUGAAGGGUGAAGAGGAUUCAUUGACCCGACGGGGCUCUCUGAUGUCUGAGCUUAAGCCUGAUUUCUCCCCAGUGAAAGACGAAAGCCCUUCAGAGCGCUUUUUCAGGGAGUGGUUCUCUCGACCUGCUGACCAGCAGGGCGUCCUGAUUCCCCUGCUCAUGCCCUCACAUAUGGCUCUCUGGAAGCUCUACUUUCUACGCUGGGUUCCUGAAGCCUGCAUUCCCAAAGGAGGCCCCAUCACCGCCUACCACAAGCUCUCCCAACUGGUCGAUGAAAUUGAGAUCCUACAGAGCCAUCUCAGGCAGUAUAAGGGACCCAGUCCAGGCAGCACACCGCUUCCCAGCCCAAGUGGGCCCCCUUCAGACCACAGGAGGAUGUAUUUUAAGGCCAGUUCCCCACAUGACCCCCCUACACCUCCAGACUUCCUUACCUCCUCCUUUCCCUUCACCCCAGUGGGAAACCUCUGCCGCCGCAGUAGCCAUGGGACUCCCAUUAGCAAAUUUCUGAACGGGGCGAGGAUCUGGCUCUCAACAGAGACUCUUGCUAAUGACACUCUCUGAGGUUGUGGGGCUUUAGCGCUCAUUUUUCUGAGCUGAGCUUAGUACAGGUUUGUGUAAUAAUUAAUCAUCUUAUUUUCUAUUACCUGUUUCUUAAAUACCAAGAAGGAAAAUGAGAAAUAGAAAAAUUUUACUUUGGACUUCUGAUUUUUGAUUAUUUAUAAGCUAGAAUUUGCACCGUUGAUGCUGCAUCGAAAUCUAAGGUAAUUUCUAAACUCAAGUGUAAUCUACAGGCCUGAAUCAUUAUUGUCCAUUACAGUUGAGGAAUUCAGAUUAACUAAAUCACGUCCUCCUUAUUGGCCAGUAAGUUGUUACUGUGAGAUCUCCUCAGACUGUGAAAGAUCAUCAUACUUAAUGCAUUUUUAUAAUAGAUAAAUAGACAAGAAAAUCAUUUUGUCUACUUCAGCUUAGGUCUUUCUCAAGAUUUAGCUAAACUAACUAACAUACUUGACCCACACAAAGGGUGCUUUUGGAGAUUUUAAUAUUGAGUUGAGAUGAGGUUCAGCACUCCUUCUCCAAGAUUUACCUGAUUCCAUGCUCGUUUUAAAGCAUUAAUUGAAAUGUAAGUAAGUGUGUUUGUAGCAGUGCUAUCAGUUUAGUCGUCAUUGCGUUGAAUUCUCAUUGGUAACCUUCCCCACUGUAAUGGAAUUGAAAAAUUUAAUCCAAAUAGUAAUGCUUGAAAUUAGAAAGUACCCGUUUUUUUAUUGCAGCAGCAAUGAUGAAUUUCACUGCUCACUGAUUUCCAAGUACUCAAUUUGUUUGUACCUUCCAGGAAUUCUAAUUGAAGAUGUAAUAUUUUACCUCGUUUUUAUUUCGGAAAGAGGAACAGAAAAUAACACCGCUAACAAGAAUUAUACUAUGUUGUUUAAAAACAAGAGGAUCUGGCCUGGUUGAAUGUAAUGGGGCGUUUCUUUCUUUUUUUUCUUUUCUUUUUUUUUUUUGGUUUUGCACAAACUUACUGCUAUUUACUCCAAGUGCCCAUAUUUUAAUGGUUAUGUUGGGGUUUCACUGUAAGUAGCAAAUGGUGUGAUUUCAGGGUCUUACUUUGUAGAUUUACUCUAUUUUUAAAGCAGAGAAAAGGACCUAUAUUUUUAGUAUCAUUAAGCAGGUGAUACUUCGAGGCGGAAGUGGAGCUGCGAGGACUUCAAUCUGUGGUAGAUAUGGCCUCUUCUCUUUUGAAGGGUUUUUAUUAAGCUUCUAUAGAGGCCUUCUGGUAAGGCACUGAGGAGAAAUUACUCAGAUGAACAGUAGCUGAAUGGGUAAAUAUUUGAAAGCAAAGGGACCGACAAGGGCUUUGAUUCAAACCAGUCUCUAGUUUAGUACGUAGUGAAUUGGAUUUCAGGCACUGAAGUUACUGAUCCAAUGAACUGGACAGUGAUGGGUCAGUGACAAGUGAGUUUCAAAGCAGCACAUGAGAAAGCCAGCAAUAAAUCAUCUGGAUUGCAAGCAUCAUAAAUACACUGUGUGUAAUUUUGACAUUUAAAAUUAAAUGACAAUAAAGGUCAGUUGUCAACUAGACUUACAGUCCACACAGGCCGUUUUUAAAAAAAGCCUUAUGUUUGUACAGAGGGAAAGGGAUUGAAUGAAUGAACUGUUAAACAUGCUGUAUGUAGCUAGAACAUUACUUACAUUUGUAAUAACACUUGUUCUUGGGUUUUUUUCUUCUUUUUUUCCAGAUAAUGCUACUCUGUGUAGAGGAAUAAUACAGUUGAAAACAAGCAGUGAAGUUACCUUACUUCCAGUCAGGAUAGUGACAUCAGUGUGUACAUUUUUUUUAUGAUUCAAUCAGAAUUUUCUAGAGAGCUAAACUGCCAGUGUGCUGCAAAGAUUUUGAGAGGUUUACUACCUGCUGAACUAGGGAGUGGUUUGAGACACAUCAGGGGAAAUGGAUCAGUCAUCCAGUGCCCCUUCAAACCUGGUGAGAAACUAGCACUGUGUGAUAUAAUAAUGUCUUAAAAUAACAGUACAGCAUUUAAUAUAAAAGCCAUUUGUAAUUUUAAAUAAAAGACCACUGGACAGACUCACUAUCUGUCCUAUUACACAGAAGCAUUAAUCCUUAGAUGCUAGAUUGACCAGUUUCCAAUGAUAUUCAGAUAAACUCGUGAUUCUUUGGCAAUAACUAGUUCAGGUGUUUUUUGGUAUAGAUGUGUAUAGUGUGAGUGCAGAACCUGCUCUCCCAAAUGCUAUUAAUUGCACAUUUUAUUCAAUAUAUAGGAUAGUUUGUUUUAAGGUGGUUGUUAAAUAUUAUUUUGGCAAAUAUUAUAAAUACUGUAUAUGCUUGAAAUCUUCCAGUUAAUAUUUUUGAUUAAUGGUACUAAAUAAUGUUUAUCCUUGACUUAGUCUUUAUAUUUUCUGGAGAGAUAUUUAUAUGCUGUGUUUUUUCCACUAAUUCACAAUGUUGCACUCUGCUGUAAUUGCAUGAUGACCGUGCUUCCACAGUUUGAUAUUGAUUAGCAGCAGAUGUAUUUAUUCAGUUAUGCAAAUGUUCUCGAAGAGGGAUGCAACUUCUACUGUACAUCCCCUGUGCCUUUUUUGGGAAGAUUUACCAUAUUUGUAACUGUAUUCUAAAUCUGUUGAUUUAUCAAUUCUGUAAAUCUAGUUAAAUUCAGAGGUACUGCACUGAAGCUGUUUUUCCUAACAGAAAAUAAGGCUCAAAUGUGUACCAGUAACCAAUCAUUACAUUAUUUUUCAGAUGAA